UAUUAUCCUUCGUCUUCUAAUUGAUUUCUUCUUUUUCUUUCUCUCUAUGGGUCUUCAAAUUUAAGUUUUCAGAAACUUUCAUGUCCCACACCCCUAGCUAUCCUCUCAAUCUCAUGCUACACACAAAUCCAAAUUAAAGAAUGCACAAAGCUACGUUCUUAGACACACAAAGCAAAACCAAGAACACGAUCACGUUCCGUUUUUGUUGUCCAUAGCAUAGCAUGAAAGAGCGACAUGCAUGCGGGAAUGAACAUCUCACUCACAAAACCAUUCAUCCUAAGAUGCUUCCUCAUCUCCCUCUUCCUCUCCCUACCCUUCCUCUUCCUCUUCCUCCACCUCCUCUCUCCGCCGCCACACGUCACCACCACCACCAACGACCUAAGAAUCCGACCCGGUUACUCCUCCUACGACUCCUACAUCCAACGCCAGCUCAACAAGACCCUCAACCCGCGCCUCCGAAAAAUAUGGACAACCCGCGACUGGAACCGCAAAAUCCCGGUUUUCGCGCGCUUCUUCGAGGACCUUAAGGAUAAAAAACUUCUCAAUAACGCGUCCAAGGCACUCUGCAUAGGCGCGCGCGUGGGCCAAGAGGUGGAGGCGCUGAGGCGAAUCGGCGUUAGUGACUCCGUUGGAAUGGACCUCGUUCCAUACCCUCCGCUUGUCGUUAAGGGCGACUUUCACAACCAGCCGUUUGAUGACGGCACGUUCGAUUUCGAAUUCUCGAACGUGUUCGAUCACGCGCUGUACCCGGAACGAUUCGUGGGCGAGAUCGAACGCACCUUGAAGCCCAACGGCGUGUGCGUGCUGCACGUGGCGCUGUCGAGACGCGCGGAUAAGUACUCCGCUAACGACCUCUUCAGCGUGGAGCCCCUCGUAGCGAUGUUUAGGAACUCCGCUCUGGUUCACGUUCGUAGCGUCGAUGGUUUUGGAUUGGACACCGAGGUUGCGUUUCGUAAGAACGUACAUUGAACCUCCUCCUUAGACUCCUUCUCUCUUUUCUUCCCACUUUCUUUCUUUUUGGGGAUGCAUUUGAUUUUUAUAAAGUGUUGCUGAAUGAUUCAGCGGUGUGGUGGUGGUCGUUGCGGUGGGUUAUGAUCAAAUUUGCUUAUUGCACUGCGCAUUUUGCUUA